AAUAUCUAUCUUCCUCCUCCAAAACUCGAUUCCCAAAAUCACCCCCACCUCCCAAUCCCAAUCCCCCCCCCCCCCACCCCGCGGGCGAAAACGUCACCCUCCACGCGCCAUGGGCAUCGCCGCCGCCUCGCCGCCGCCGUCCCAAAAGCUCACGCAGGAGGACCUCAAGCGCGUGGCGGCGCACCGCGCGGUGGAGUUGGUGGAGCCUGGUAUGACGCUGGGCCUCGGCACGGGCUCCACGGCCGCGCACGCGCUCGACCGCCUCGGCCACCUCCUCCGCUCGGGCGCCCUCGCGGGGGUCGCGGGCGUGCCCACCUCCCUCAAGACGGAGCUCCACGCGGCCCGCGUCGGGAUCCCGCUGCUUCCCCUGGAUGCGGGCACGGGCGCCAGGAUCUGCCUCUCCAUCGACGGCGCCGACGAGGUCGACCCGGACCUCAACCUCGUCAAGGGCCGUGGCGGGUCGCUCCUCCGGGAGAAGAUGAUCGAGGGCGCCGGGGAGAGGUUUGUUGUCAUCGUCGACGACUCCAAGCUCGUGCCGCGGCUCGGGUGCACGGGCGCCAUCCCCGUGGAGGUCGUGCCCUUCGGGUGCGCGCACACACUGGAGCUCAUCCGCAAGGUGUUCGGCGGAUUGCCCGGCUUCCAUGCCAGGCUCAGGACGGUCCCCUCCUCCAACGAAAAGGAGGAGGAGGCGCCCUUCGUCACCGACAACGAUAACUACAUCGUGGAGAUGCUCUUUGAGGACGGCAUCCGCGGCGACCUGCACGACAUCAGCGACCGCCUCCUCCGGAUCACCGGCGUCGUCGAGCACGGCAUGUUCCUCGGCAUGGCUACUACCGUCAUCAUCGCCAACAAGGACGGCACCGUCGCAGUCAUCAACAAGAAUUAAGCAGUCGCCGGCCGGAGACGACGACGCCAUAUGAUGGUAAUAACCAGCCAAGAUUACAAUUCAACCAAGAAAAGAAAAACAGAGCGAAGCGGCUCGGAGAUCGAGUUUUGUUCAUCUUCUGUUGUCGUACUAUUACUGUUACCUUGCUUCUUGCAUUUCACUGGUAAUGGCGAGAUAGUUCCCGGCUUAAUGUGAUGAUACCAAUAAGAUAGGAAUUUCUCCAAGAUAUUAUCUAGUCAAAUUUCGUUAUCGUUCGACCUUGCAUUUUGCGUGUAUCUGGUGAUGUCGUCACACCAAUGUUUUGUGUCCAUCCAUACAUUGAGCCUGAUACAGAGGACAUGGAUUGGCCAUAGUCCAGUCCUUGUGAUGCAGUGAACAUGGAUCAAUCAACAGUUUGGAUUGACCAUGGGAAAAUAUAUGGUAAUAUGGCAUUUUCUGAAACAAGAAACAAGUUUGAUGGGUGUCAGAUUUAUACUUCUUAGGAAAAUGUGGAUUUUGCUGACAUUUUGUAUACGAUGAGAUAUCCAAUGAAAGCAUAUGCUUUGUGUUCC